AUGGCAGACAAACCAGACGUGGGGGAAAUCGCCAGCUUCGAUAAGGCCAAGCUGAAGAAGACGGAGACGCAGGAGAAGAACACCCUGCCGACCAAAGAGACCAUUGAGCAGGAAAAGCGGAGUGAGAUUUCCUAAGAGCCCAGACACUUCCCAG